AUGUCCAAGCAAGUCGAUCUGCCAUCUCCCAACGAGUCAGCAGCUCUUUCGCCGAUCAUUGUGACCGGGCCAUACCUCGCGUUUCCUCAUACUUGGCAGAUCACCUUCAGCGCUCGUAACGUGCUCCUCAACGUCGUAGCAAGCAGAAGACCCCACUACCCAAGGAAUGUAUGGGAAACAACAGCCGUACAUUCGUCUCGUUCCGAUCGGCGCGCCUGUGCUCAGCUCUUCCAUCAGGUCACGGGCAGCCCCUUUGUAACCGUCUCCAACCACUUUCGCGGCGAGGAUUACAAUCAGCGCGGCGAGUUUGCGCUAUUCGAAGCAACCGAGACCAUUAUAGGCGAACCUCGAGUCACGCCUUGGAACGAUCCUCUUGAAGACUGCUGUCGCGUAGCGAUUCGCUGGUCUUACAACCUCAACAUGGACACUGGCAGACUCAAAUACAGGAGACCUGUUAUCAGCGUCAUCAACGGCGGAGCGCGCUGGAAUGCAGGCGAUCCUUUCUGUCCUCGUGACGUCGAGAUCGAGGCUUAUGAUGGCCAGCCGGAAUACCAGCUCAUCUGGCGCGAUUGGACGGGCACCCCUGCUGAUCAACCUGCGACGCAAUAA